AUUUGAUGAUGCGUUCAAGAUCACUGGGAAAAGCCACUGACGCACUGACUACGUUCACAUGCACGCACCAUUCAGAAAGACUUGGACAUCAACAGCUGAUGUUAAUCUGGUCAAGAGGUGGACCGGACCAGGCUGCUCCAGUCCUUGGUUUAGGUCCAACGGCCGUUGUUUCCUCUACGUUCCGAGACUCAUGACCUGGGCCAAAGCUGAGAAACACUGUCAGUCCCUGGGAGGAAACCUCGUGUCCGUCCACAGCCACCAGGAGUACCUCCAGAUUCAGAUAAUGAUGAUAGCCGCCCGUCAUGGGUACGAAGAGACUUGGAUUGGAGGCAGUGAUGGACAAGAGGAAAAGUACUGUUCGGAGCGAUGGCACACCUUUCCGCUACACCAACUGGUGUCGUGGAGAGCCUAAUAACGCUAGAGGCAAGCAGCAUUGUUUGCAAAUGAACCAUGGAGAGAAGAAAUGCUGGGAUGACUAUUACUGCACAGGUAAAAAAUCAUCUGUCUGCUCUAAGAAAGCCUGAAGAUGAAGCAUGACACAGAAGCAUAACGGACCCGGAAAAAACCCAAACACUGGGGGGGGGGGCUGCCUUUAAUUACAUUCAUCUUUACUCCGUCAGUCUCACAUCUGAGCUGAAUGGUUCUUCUUUAAGUUUCAUAUCUUUAUUUCUGUUCUAUCGCUGUAACGCUACUAAAGGAAGGAAGCGACAGGUGACAUAAAGAGGAGCUGGACUGUCUCUGAGGCCUCGUGUCUUUAAUGAGAUCAGACUGAACGGGUUAUGAAAAGAUUUCUUUUAGCACAACCUGACAUAUAUAUUCUCUUAUUUCUUGUCUUAUGCAAAAUUAAAAGCCUGAAGCAUUAAAACCA